AUGACGGCGUCCCCGGACUACCUGGUGGUCCUCUUCGGCGUCACGGCGGGGGCCGGCGGCGCCAAGCUGGGCUCGGACGAGAAGGAGCUGGUCCUGCUGCUGUGGAAAGUGGUGGACCUGGCCAACCAGAAGGUGGGGCCGCUGCACGAGGUGCUGGUUCGGCCAGACCAGCUGGAGCUGACGGACGAGUGCAAGGCGGAGAGCCAGAUCGACGCGGAAGGCCUGUCCACGGCGCCGCAGCUGGACCAGGCGCUCCGACAGUUUAACCAGUCCGUGAGCAAUGAGCUCAAUAUUGCGGUGGGUACUUCCUUCUGUCUGUGCACGGACGGGCAGCUGCACAUACGGCAAAUCCUGCAUCCGGAGGCGUCUAAGAAGAACGUUCUGCUGCCCGAAUGCUUCUACUCCUUUUUCGACCUUCGGAAAGAGUUCAAGAAGUGCUGUCCCGGCUCCCCGGAUCUGGACAAGCUGGACGUGGCCGCCAUGACAGACUGCCUGAACUUGGAGAAGAAUCCGUCCGUCUCCCGCUAUGGCGCGGCCCAGGUGGAGGACAUGGGCCGUAUCAUCCUAGCCAUGAUCUCGGAGCCCUACAAUCACAGGUUCUCAGAUCCGGAGAGAGUAAAUUACAAAUUUGAAAGUGGCACUUGCAGCAAGAUGGAGCUCAUCGACGACAACACGGUGGUCAGGGCCCGCGGGCUGCCCUGGCAGUCUUCCGACCAGGACAUCGCCCGGUUCUUCAAAGGACUGAACAUUGCCAAGGGCGGGGCCGCGCUGUGUCUGAACGCUCAGGGCCGCAGGAACGGGGAGGCGCUGGUUCGCUUCGUGAGUGAGGAGCACCGGGACCUGGCCCUGCAGAGGCACAAGCACCACAUGGGGACGCGGUACAUCGAGGUGUACAAGGCCACCGGGGAAGACUUCCUGAAGAUAGCUGGCGGCACGUCAAACGAGGUGGCACAGUUCCUGUCCAAGGAGAACCAGGUCAUCGUGCGCAUGCGAGGGCUGCCCUUCACGGCCACGGCGGAGGAGGUGGUGACCUUCUUUGGACAGCACUGCCCUAUCACGGGGGGCAAGGAGGGCAUCCUCUUCGUCACCUAUCCGGACGGGAGGCCCACGGGGGACGCCUUCGUCCUCUUCGCCUGCGAGGAACACGCGCAGAACGCGCUGAGGAAGCACAAGGACCUGCUGGGGAAGAGGUACAUCGAGCUCUUCCGGAGCACGGCGGCGGAGGUACAGCAGGUGCUGAAUCGUUUCUCCUCGGCCCCCCUCAUUCCGCUCCCAACGCCUCCCAUCAUCCCGGUACUACCUCAGCAGUUUGUGCCCCCGACCAGCGUGCGGGACUGUGUCCGCCUGCGCGGGCUUCCCUACGCAGCCACCAUCGAGGACAUCCUGGACUUCCUCGGGGAGUUCUCCACGGACAUCCGAACCCACGGGGUCCACAUGGUGUUGAAUCACCAGGGCCGCCCCUCGGGAGAUGCUUUUAUCCAGAUGAAGUCUGCCGACCGCGCCUUCCUCGCUGCCCAGAAGUGUCAUAAAAAGACCAUGAGGGACAGAUAUGUGGAAGUCUUUCAGUGUUCAGCUGAGGAGAUGAACUUUGUGUUAAUGGGGGGCACUUUAAACCGAAAUGGCUUAUCCCCGCCACCAUGCCUGUCUCCUCCGUCCUACACGUUCCCAGCCCCCGCGGCCGUCAUCCCCACGGAGGCCACUCUCUACCAGCCGUCCGUGCUGCUGAACCCACGGGCACUGCAGCCUGCCUACUACCCCGCGGGCGCCCAGCUGUUCAUGAACUACACCGCCUACUACCCCAGCCCCCCAGGCUCGCCCACUAGUCUUGGCUACUUCCCUGCAGCUGCCCUGAGCGGCGCCCCCCCGCCGCCUGGCGCCCUGCUCAGGAUGCAGGGCCUGGCCUGCAGUACUGGAGUUAAGGAAAUUCUUAACUUCUUCCAAGGUUACCAGUAUGCAACCGAGGAUGGACUUGUUCACGCAAAUGACCAGGCCAGGACUGUCCCCAAAGAAUGGGUUUGUAUUUAAGGGCCCCAGCAGUUAGAGCAGCUCCACAGCAGAAGUGUUUGAAAGAAGCUUGGUGGUCCUGAAGCCCGGCAGACGAAAUACCCCUUCUAGCAAGUUGGGGUGGGGGGGUGUGUUACACUCAGGCUGCAGUAUUUUCCGCAAUCAUGAUUGGACACUGGGCCCGUGCCCUCUCCUAGGGUGGAGUGAAAAUUUUGAGCCAGCGAAGCCAAAUCUUGAGCACCAGCCGCGUGCCCGGCCCCUGGCACGGGCCUUUAGAAUGUGAAUUUGAUGGGCAUGCCUCCACUACUCCAUUACUUCCGGGGAUGACCCUGGCCUCCCUGGUGUCCCCUCUAAGUUGUAAGUCUCAGGAAAAAAAAAAACAAAACCAAAAAACACCAGCCCUGCAUUCGCGCCUGCCGCUCCCACCAGGAACUCUGCUCACCACGGCUUCCUCCUUGCCACCCUCCUCUCCCGUCUGCCCGUCUUGAUUGCACAGUCGUGCCUGCUUGCUGCCAGCCCAGGAAUUCGAGAAAGAAGCCUCAUUUAGAAGCUCACGACGGCUGAACCUCCACAGGGAAAAAAGCAAACACGACCCCAAUCUCAUCAUCGUCAUAUCGUCGUCCUGGUGACUUAGCAUCCAGGACCACUGCCUUACGGAAUGUGGGGUACAGCGGGGGUGCGGUUACCAGGCAGACGCACCCCCCGGCAGAUUCCCGUUAUACAAAAAGAAAAAGAAACCAGGGGCCAAAACCAGAGUGAUUUCCCAUUUGAGUCGUGACAGAAGAUUGGGACUUCGGAGGUAUUGUUUUGCGUUGUAUUUCCUCCAUGAACGACGAUUUUUUGACAUGAGGAAUCCCUUCGAUGUGGACCUUCACCAAUUCGAGACUCCAGUGUAUUCAGCAAGCAAUAUGCUAACAGAAAUGAACAUUUGUAUAUAUUCAGGUAGCCUUAAUCCCUUUCUCUGAUGCCUUACCCAUCCAUCACACAGAGACACUUGUGAAGGUGUAAGUGGUCGUUGGGCAGGAUGCGCUGACGUGGCCCGUUGCCCGCGUUCAUGCUCAGAAGUGCAAUAUUAGACACCAGCUCGUCCCGCUGCCCCGUGUCACGCCAUAGAGGGGAGGGUGUCAGUGCACACGUUUCUUUACGUUCCGCAUCGCCCGGGGCCUGGCUGUGGUGCCGUGCAUGUCGCUGUGGCUCGUUUUACUCCUCCCUUUGCCUUGCUUUGCUUCACAGCCUGGACGGAGAGGCAAACGCUCCCUCCGCCGCCACACCAGGGGCCCUUCAUCUGCAGCGGGAAAAGAACCAUUCUCUGUAAAAAAAUUAGUGAAAAUUGGCACUUAAGAUCUGAGACCAAGUUGUUGAUACUUGAUGCCUUAAGGUACUGCCUGCCAAGCUCUCGAGACUUGAAGCUAGGCAGCAAUGCUACA